AUGGUGAGGCGCAGCGGCUGCUUCCGGGUCACAGAGCCCACCCUUCCCCUCACCGGGCGGAAGUACGUCACCGUAGCUAUGGCGUCGGCGGGAGAGGCCGCGGCGCUGGUGACGGUGGCCGUGCUGUGGGGCGGCACUGGGCCGUUCUUGCGGACAGGCGCCGCGGGGCUGGAGCAGGUCCGGGGCCAGGGCCGCCUGCGGCAGCUGCUCACCGAGAUCUGCUUCCUGGGCCUCAACUACAAGUACAUGGUGCCAUUUCUGCUCAAUCAAUGUGGAUCACUCCUUUUCUAUCUCACCUUGGCAUCCACAGAUCUGUCCCUGGCAGUGCCGCUCUGUAACUCUCUGGCUUUGAUAGCCACACUAGUGACGGGGAAGAUUCUAGGAGAGGAUAUUGGUGGCAAAAAAAUACAAGCUACUGAGACUACACUGCUGAAGAGAAUCGUCAGCAGCUUUGCUGUCUGGACAUCAGGCCCCACCACUCGCGUGGAUCAGUUUGGUGCUGGCGCACUCUUCCCUCUCAGACCAAGCUGCGAAACCCCAGUCCACCCUGCAAACCAGCUUUCCCAGGAAUGACAGCACGGGCGAAGGCACGGACCUUCUCCACAAACACCGGCCUCAGCAGGUACUGCCCCCUCCACUCCAGCUGGUCCAGGUCUCCUUCGAUCUCCCUCACCACGGCCUCAUACUCUGCCCUCAAGCUCUGAAGCUGCUUCCGCCACAGGUAGCCCCUGACGCAGGCCUGCAAGCACAGGGCAGAGGUGCUGGUGGAGCCGGGGGUGCCGUUAAGACUCUGGAUGCCAGCGAGACCCCUGCCCGCCCCCUCCCCGGUCUGUGACCACGGAGCCCCCAGGGGAAACGUGGAUUACGGACAAGGAAAGAACACGCUCUCUGUUGGCUUUUGGAUGGUUUCAGCUUUAAUGAAGCAGUGCCUACAAACUGUCCCGCUGGCCCAGGGCCCCUCCCGCCGCGCAGCCUCCCCCAGGGAACCCCAUCUCCCCGCUCCCCCGACCCCCCAGCGGUGCCCCUAUGGGCCCACCCGGCUGUGCAGGCCCCGGGGCGCCCCCCCCACCUGCCCCCCGGGACCCCCCCCCGCCCCCACCUGCAGGCGGAUCAGGCCGCGCAGCCGCCGCCGCCCCUCCUCCCCCGACCCCAGCUCCAGCUCCAUGGCCGCCGCCGCCCGGCGCUGCCGAAUGACGUCACCCAGCCGCGACGGCGGGGGGCGGGCCCGGCCGCCGCCGGGCCACGCCCCCUCUCGCCGGGCCACGCCCCCUCCCGACCGCCACUCGUUAUUGUGGGUCCCACCAAAAUGGCGGCGGGGGAGGGGGUUGACCAGGUCUCCCUCUCCCCUCAGCCCCCAUCAGUGUGAUGAGUUGCCCCAGUCUCAGCACAGGGCUGUGUCCCCACCACGCCGCUUCCUGGCAGGGGCAUGAGGGCGGCGGGCUGGUGGCGGCCCACAGCAGUCAGGCCGAGGCGACGUCCUCAGGCUCCGGGUGCUCCGCCAGGUGCAGCUUCUGUCUGGGCCGGGCGUCAAGGGAAAGCGCGGCCACGCGGCCCCACCGCCAUGGCGGUGCCCACCCUCCCAGCGCCCUGCCCAAGGAUACAUGGAGUUGCUGAGCUCCUCCAGCUGCAGGGAAGGAAAGAGGAGAGCAGCUAGGACGCCGGCCGGCACACUGCAGCCGCGGCCGAAGCCGGAGCAGGACCGGGCCGGGCAGGAGGAGAAGGAGGAGGAGGAGGAGGAGGAGGAGGCUCACGUUCAUCAGCAGCUGGUCCAGGUUCCUGUCGGCCACCGUCUUCUUCUGCUCCUCGGAGAGCUCCUCCACGUAGACGUUGAGGCCGAAGUGGAGGCGCGCCAGCUUCUCCUGCAUCUCCCGCACGUGCUCCAGCUGCUCGAAGGAGCACUCCUUCCCUGCGCCGGCCCGGAGGCACCGUCACGGCCCGGCCCAGCCGCCCCGGCCCCCGCCCCGCCGCCCCGCGCGCCCCGGCCCCGCACCGAAGGCCUGCAGCUUGCCCGAGUGGAAGUCGUUGAGGAGGUUCAGCAGCCCGCCCUCCAUCUCGCAGACGUCGGAGACGUCCGUGAGGAAGCUGUGCUGCAGCGGGGCCCCCAGCGCCACCCCCGCGCUGCCCCCGGCCGCCGCCACCCGCCCUUUCUCCUUGCUCGUCCUGCGGGGAAGAAAACACCCGUGGCGUCGCCCGGCCCUGGCGCCGCGGGGGGCUGCCGCCCGCCCCGAGCCGGCACUGACCGCCGGAGCUUGGCCCGCUGCUUGGGCGAGGGCAGGUGGGGCAGCGGCAGCGCGAAGGAGGUGCUCUUGCUGGCGGGCAGCGGCAGCCUCCGCAGCGUCCCGGCGGGCGCCGGCUGCGCCAGGCACGCCUUGGGGCUCCGCUUCUUCUUCCUGUCGUCCAUCGCGGGGCCGGCCGAGGGCUUGGAGCAGCGGGGGAGAGACCCUGCGCGGGAAGGACACGAGGUUCUUGGCAGCUCCGGCCCCUCCAAAGCGUUUGUGACCCUGGGGGUCUCCUGUCCUUGUGCCCCCGGAGAGCAGCAGGUUCCCUGGAGCCGAUGGGGACGCGGGAUCCCCGUGGGAAGCGCUGCCCGUCCUGCCUGAGCUGUGCCUGGGUUUUUCCUUGGGCUCAGGCAGGGCACCCCAGGACCCCGCCGUGCCGUACCGCACCAACUCCGAGUGCAGCUGAGCCGCGGCAGGGCUCCGCGGGCUCCGGCAGCGGCACGGCACGGCACGGCACGGCAGCAGGCAGGAGGGCCGCAGCCCAGGCACUCGCCGCCGCUCAGGCUGCGUUAUCCCCGCGUCUGUGCCGGAGCAUCCCGCAGCGCGGAGCAAAGCCCGGGGGCCUUAUCCACCCCCACCAGGCACCGAAGAACGGCCCGGACAUUCCCGGCAGUGAGUUUUUUUCGCUGGCGUUCCCCAGAGCUGCGGGAAGGGAGGCCAGGGCAGGGAAAUGCCCCGGCUGCCCGAACCGAGAGCCAGGGCUGAGCCCACAGGAGGGGCUUGGGGGGGCUCCCCCACCACCCACCGCGUUUCGGCCCCAGCCAAGCGCCGCCGUCCCCCCGGGCCCCUUCGCGGCAGCGGGACGGGGCUGAUCGGCGGGGGCCACGCGAGCCCCUUUGUCCGCAGGCUCCGGCCGCCCUCCCCGAGCAGCGUGGCCCCGCCGGAGCGGGGGGCACUGACCUGCGCCAGGCCGCGGUGCCCGGCGUGCGGUGCUGGCCGGACCCCGUCCCCGAGCCCGCAGGACACCGCGUCCCAGCUGCAGGCCCAGGCUGGGAUUUGCAUUUAAAGGGGAAGGGAACUUCCUCCAGCUCCCGCCUGUCCCCGAAGCGGUGGCACUGCUGGACUCUGCGCGUCCGAGCAGCCCCCGGCGUGCGAACGGGCUGCGGGGCCUGGCCUGGACCCUGGCACCGGCUUCACACGGCGGGGGGAAAGAGGGCAGGAUCCGGCCCCCGGUCACGCAGAGCCACGGGCCGGUUUGCACAGCGAGGGCCUGAUGAGGGCCGGCUCCUGCGCACCUUCCCCAGGGCACCGGACACCUCCCGCACCAGCGGCUGCCGCCUGGCAUCCCCUCCAAUCCGCCGGGGCUGCCGCUCACAGGGGUUUACACCCCGUGUGCCCCGUUUCUCUGGUUUUGGCAUCCAGAUUCGUGCGAUCACAGGAGCCCUUUUCACCAAAACAAGCCUCCAGCAGUCAGCCUCAAACACAAAGAAUUGAACACUGCUUCUUGUUUCCGUCAUUGCAGGAUUUUAAGCCAGUCUUAGGCACCCGGGGGUGACACGGAUGCCCAGGGCUGGCCGCUCCGGGGGGUUUGAUCCCACCAGGAUGUUUCCACCCGCAGAGCUGUACCUGCGGCCGGGGGGGGUCGGGCGCACCGGGAGGGAGGCUGGCUGCCCUGGGGGACAAACCCUGGGGGCUCCCCACGGGCCAGGACCCCCGCUGCUCCCGGCCCUCCUGCCCCACCGGCCAAGGGGGCCUGGGCCAGCGCUUGUUUCCUGCAGAGGAGCUGGGGCCUUUCCCUCCCCUGCCAGGAGCGCGCGGGGCUGAAGGCCACAGCUCUUCCUCUGCUCAGCUCCUUGCUUCGGGCACUUGCAAACAGAGGAAGCCUAAAGGCUGCUCAGUGCCACGCGCAGCCCCAAACAGCCCCUCAUCACCAAACUGAGCGGGACAGAGACAACACAGACACCAGCAGCAAGUUUGUGUGCAUUUCUAUUGGGUACGCGGAUACAUACAACAAACCCCACGCAGGGGCUAUCUGUACCAUAACAAAAAAUAAAGGGGUGGUGACUUGUAA